CUACGGUAUUGUACUCAACGGCGUACAGCCUCACACUUGAGCCGAUCAGACAAUAGUGCAAGAGGCACUACCCUGGGAGAAUGGCACAUAUAUUCGACCUUGCCCCUCAAAUAUCCCUCCCGAACUAUACCAACGGGAUCAGGUCCUCCGACCGUGUCGUCUACCCAUCUACCGGCGUAUUCCAGGGAUUCAACAAGCCCUCCCGCCUCGAAGGGGACAUCUUCGACCUUGAAUUCGAUGGCACUAUCCCUCCCGAGAUCGACGGCACAUUCUACCGGAUCCAGCCCGACCACCGCUUCCCGCCCAUCUUCGAAGAUGACAUCCAUUUCGUAAGCACAUUCCUCUACAUUUCCGUCUUGUCCCUUGUCAUGCUUCGGAUAGGAUCAACACUCUGAUAUGCCGCUCCACCGUAGAACGGCGACGGCAGUGUCACAGCCAUUCGGAUUGCCAACGGCCAUGCGGACUUCAAACAGCGCUAUGUCCAGACGGACAGAUACCAAGUGGAAACCGCCGCUCGGCGUGCGCUGUUCGGCCGCUACCGCAACCCAUACACGGAUAAUGAGACGGUCAAGGGAGUGAUCCGCACCGCAGCGAACACAAACAUCACCUUCUGGCGUGGCGUACUCCUCGCGUCCAAGGAGGAUGGGCCACCCUAUAUCAUGGAUCCAGUCACACUCGAAACGAUAGGGCGGUAUGACUUUGAAGGCCAAAUUCUCACCCCUACGUUCACGGCUCAUCCGAAAUUCGAUCCAGACACGGGGGAAAUGUUGUGUUUCGCAUAUGAGGCUGGCGGCGACGGACACGACGGGUCGAAUGAUAUCGUCGUAUGGACGAUCGAUCGUGACGGUAAAAAGACUGAGGAAUGUUGGUACAAGGCACCAUUUUGCGGCAUGAUUCAUGAUUGCGGAAUCAGCAAGAAUUAUCUGGUGCUCCCACUCACGCCAAUCAAGUGGACGGGGAUGGACAGGCUGAAGAAGGGAGAAAAUCAUUGGGCGUGGGAUUCUAAAGAGGAUCAGUGGUACGGCGUCGUGCCGAGACGAGAUGGGAAGCCAGAGGAUAUUGUGUGGUUCAGGGCCGACAACGCUUUUCACGGCCAUAUCGCCGGCUGCUACGAGAACGAAGAAGGUCACAUCAUUUUCGAUCUAACAGUAGCAGAUGGUAAUGUCUUCUUCUUCUUCCCGCCCGUGGAUGAGGAGGAGGCUCCGCUCACGAAGCGCAAUCAGCUCAGCAGUCCGACCUGCAGAUGGAUUUUCGAUCCCAAAGCCAAGUCAGGGACGAGAGUGAAUCCAUCAGAGACGUGGAUGACCAACGGCGAGUUCUCGCGCAUCGAUGAUCGCUACGUGACAAAGAAGUACAAUCACUUCUGGCAGGCUAAAGUCGACCCGACCAAGCCAUACGACCUCUUAAAAUGUGGUCCGCCAGCCGGUGGACUAUUCAAUUGUGUUGGCCACUACACGUGGGAUGGCCGAACGGAGGAUGUGUUCUUCGUAGGUCCAACAGCGACGUUCCAAGAACCGUCGUUCAUUCCAAAAGAGGGAGGAGGCGAAGGGGAGGGAUAUAUCAUCGCCUUGCUCAAUCAUCUGGAUGUGCUGAGAAACGAGAUCGUAAUUCUGGAGGCUCUCAAUGUGGCUCAGGGACCUGUUGCGGUGAUUCAUUUACCGUUCAAAUUGAAGUUGGGCUUGCAUGGAAAUUUUGUGGACCAGAGAGAUAUUGACGAGUGGAUGAGGAGGAGGUCAGAGGCGGGAGAUGUAGGCCCUGCGCAGCCAGCCAAGGACCCAUUACCAUGGCAAGUCCGACAGCAGGAGACGCACUCUUAUCCGAAUGGUCACCAGGACACGAAUGGAGCUGCCUCGAAUGGGGUCGACCAGAAUCAUUGA